GUCAUUUCCCGGCGUCGGGCCGGUACGUUUUCCCACAGAAGCCGAUAAAAUUGCCCCCAAAACGAGCAGAACGCCCGGACCUAAACUGGACGGACAGCGCUCGGAAUCCAUCGAUUUGCGUUCGGUUCACAAGAGACGAACAUAAAAACAAGAGAAAGAGUGGCGCAAAAGGGUGGAGAGAAAGAAAGGGCGCGUGGGAGGAGACACGCGGCAGCGUGGAGAGUCGUUUACGUCGUUUCUAUGGCGAUUGAAAAUACGCGAGGCAGCGCCACAAGUGAGUUUCUGGCCGGAAGGCGCACCAGACGGCGGCAGCAAGCUGCGAGCGCCAUUCCAAGUGCACUGGAGGCGAGCGUCACGACGUCGAGACAUGUUUACGCCCGACGACCUCUGCACGCGUCUCACUGAACCGACGGGGACUUGACAAACCCCGGGAGACCUCACCAGCUGGACUGCAUAUUCAGACGCUCUUCGACGCUGCUGGCGUCAAUUGUUUGCGAGUGGAAACGUUCGUUUUCGAGAAGCGGCGACAGAAACGGCAACACCACCGAGACCCUCUACACAAUUUCUCCUGGUUUGUGUUCGCGUGUUUGCAACGGUACUCUGCAAUUCACGAGAAGCACCGCCCUCACACCGUCGCGGUGCGGGCUUCGUAUAACCCCUGUGUGGUGCGCAUUUUUUAUGAGUGCAAGUAACACACGUUUUUCACACCGGGCCAUGACUAUUUAAUCUUCAUCUUCGCCACGUGACUUGGCCAGGUUUGUAACGUGCUUUUCCGCUAGAGGACCGUCGAUACUGGGGGUGGUAUGCUCUCGGUGCUUUUCCAUUGCUUAGCGGACAGCAACAUCAGCCCCCUCAAGUUUGCUGGUUCGUAAUUCUGCGCACCAGACGCGACUGUGGAGAGGAGAGAUCCCAGUCUGGUCGUGCCGUACUGCCGCAUGGGCCGUCCAGAAGAAUUAUGGAAGCCAAUGGAACAGGCAAGGCUGCUGCCGCGGUUGCACCUCGAAUUCGGAAGGUCAACAGCACCCACUCCCGCUUUCUGGCCGAGGCCGCGCAGCGGAAGGCGCUCAUGGGCACCUUCUUUGCCAACGGUGACCCUUUCUCGUCGGGCAUCAAGGUGUCCAUCAUCCCCGGACGCGACUUCAAGACAAUCGAACACCUCUACGACUACCUCUCGGAGAGGCUCCAAGUCAGCAACGGCGUCCGCAUCAUCUUCACCCUUGACGGAAAAAAGGUGGCGUCUCUGGAUGACCUCGAAGACGGAGGAUUCUACGUGGCCUCCGGUUCUAGAACUUUCACGCCUCUGGCCUACGGUCAGACCAGAGGUCGCGCGACGACGCAGCGUUCGGAAGAGGACCCGAGUCGCCUGAUUCAGCCCGUAGGUAACAAGAAACCUCCCGGUGUCUUGCGCAAGGGACAGGGGAGUUCGGGCAGCCUGCCCGGCUCUGGCGGUAGGGAAGACGGCCGUGUGAUAGACAUCGUUGACCGACUGGACCCGGAGCACAAGAGUCGAGUGUUGCUCAACCUGAAGACUACGCAGACAUUCGAGGAAGUGAUCAAGGACUUGGGUGAUGCGCUGAACAUGAAGAGCGUCAAAAGGAUGACCACUGGCCAAGGAGAGGUGGUGCGGAGUUUCUCCCAGAUCAAGUAUGACCUCCGGGACGUGGACACCUUCUACUUGGAGCCCGGAGACACGCGGCUGGGUCGGCGGAGGACGCGGUCCUUCCACGCGGCCGACGAGCUGCGGGACGAGGACUACGACCGCGGCGGGGACGCCGACCGGGUGCCGGACGGUGCGGACCGCGCCGACACCCCUGCGCUCCAGCGGAGCAGGGCAGGGAGCAGUGCCAAACCGGUGUCGAGGUCCGAGAGUGCACCCAGCCUCGAAGAUCUUGCCGACAACGAAGAAGAAAGAAACGAAAGCGUUCAGAGCCAAGGACAAGAAGAUGCUUUUCCGACGCAAGAGCCACUUCCGGCCGAGUAUGACAUCUACGGGGAGGUCAACGAAAAAAAAGUAAUGCCCCGCCGCUUCGCUGCGCGGAUCCGAACUAAUUUAAUAGAAAAUAAGAAUACUAGUGCGAAGAGUGGAUUUUAA